GAGCGGGUGCACCCGCGACAGGUGGCACGGUGCGGACCGGGAGCGGAACGGGGCGAGGACUGGCACUGCGGGGAAGAUGCUGCGCGAGCGGACAGUGCGGCUGCAGUACGGUAGCCGCGUGGAGGCGGUGUACGUGCUGGGCACCUACCUCUGGACCGAUGUCUACAGCGCCGCCCCAGCCGAGGCCCAAACCUUCAGCCUGAAGCACUCGGAGCGCGUGCGGGUGGAGGUGGUACGUGAUGGACAAGCCGAGGAGGUGGCCACCAAUGGCAAACAGCGCUGGCUUCUCUCACCCACCACUACGCUGCGGCUCACCAUGAAUCAGGCGAGCAUUGAGGCCAGCAGCGACAAGGUCACCGUCAACUACUAUGAGCAGGAGGGGAACACUCCCAUCGACCAAGCUGGGCUCUUCCUCACGGCCAUUGAGAUCUCCCUGGAUGUGGACGCUGACCGGGAUGGUGUGGUGGAAAAGAAUAACCCAAGGAAGGGGUCCUGGACCUGGGGCCCCGAUGGCCAGGGGGCCAUCCUGCUGGUGAACUGUGACCGAGACACGCCCUGGCUGCCUAAGGAGGACUGCAGUGAUGAGAAGGUCUACAGCAAGGAAGACCUCAAGGACAUGUCCCAGAUGAUCCUGCGGACCAAGGGCCCUGACCGCCUCCCAGCCGGAUACGAGAUAGUUCUCUACAUUUCCGUGUCGGACUCAGACAAAGUGGGCGUGUUCUACGUAGAGACUCUACAGGGCAUAAAGAAACUCCUUCUGGAGCUGCAUAGGGUACUACCUCCAUGCCUUUGCCAAUACCCAUUCUUCGGCCAGCGCUAUAUCCACAUCCUAGGCCGGCGGAAGCUCUACCAUGUGGUCAAGUAUACAGGUGGCUCUGCGGAGCUGCUAUUCUUCGUGGAAGGCCUACGUUUUCCCGACGAGGGCUUCUCAGGCCUGGUCUCCAUCCAUGUCAGCCUGCUGGAGUAUAUUGCUGAGGGGAUUCCCCAGACACCCAUCUUCACAGACACCGUGACAUUCCGGAUUGCUCCAUGGAUCAUGACACCUAACAUCCUGCCUCCAGUGUCGGUGUUUGUGUGCUGCAUGAAGGACAAUUACCUGUUCCUGAAAGAGGUGAAGAACCUAGUGGAGAAAACCAACUGCGAACUGAAAGUCUGUUUCCAGUACAUGAACCGGGGAGACCGCUGGAUCCAGGAUGAAAUCGAGUUUGGCUACAUUGAGGCCCCACACAAAGGUUUCCCUGUGGUGUUGGACUCCCCCCGAGAUGGAAGCCUGAAGGACUUCCCAGUGAAACAGCUCCUGGGCCCAGAUUUCGGCUACGUGACCCGGGAACCCCUCUUUGAGCCUGUCACCAGCCUUGAUUCCUUUGGGAACCUGGAGGUCAGUCCCCCAGUGACAGUGAACGGCAAGGCGUACCCCCUGGGCCGGAUCCUCAUCGGCAGCAGCUUUCCUCUGUCCGGUGGCCGGAGGAUGACCAAGGUGGUACGCGACUUCCUCCAGGCCCAGCAGGUGCAGGCACCUGUGGAGCUCUACUCAGACUGGCUGACUGUGGGCCACGUGGAUGAAUUCAUGACCUUUGUCCCCAUCCCAGGCACAAAGCAAUUCCUGAUGCUCAUGGCCAGCACCUCAGCCUGCUACAGACUCUUCCGAGAAAAGCAGAAGGAGGGCCAUGGGGAGGCCAUCAUGUUCAAAGGCUUGGGUGGAAUGAGCAGCAAGCGAAUCACCAUCAACAAGAUUCUGUCCAAUGAGAGCCUCUUGCAGGAGAACCAGUACUUCCAGCGCUGCCUGGACUGGAACCGUGACGUCCUCAAGAAGGAGCUGGGGCUGACAGAGCAGGACAUCAUCGACCUGCCCGCUCUGUUCAAGAUGGAGGACCGCCAGGCCAGAGCCUUUUUCCCAAAUAUGGUGAACAUGAUCGUGCUGAACAAGGACCUGGGCAUCCCCAAGCCGUUCGGGCCCCAAGUGGAGGACGUGUGCUGCCUGGAGACGCACGUGCGUUCCCUGUUAGAGCCCCUGGGCUUCUGCUGCACCUUCGUCGAUGACAUUUCCGCCUACCACAAGUUUCUGGGGGAGGUCCACUGCGGCACCAACGUCCGCCGGAUGCCCUUCACCUUCAAGUGGUGGCACAUGGUGCCCUGACCUGCAGGGGCCACUGGCGCUUUCCUCCUUCCCUGAGCUCUCCAGACCCCUCGCGCCCAUCCCCCAGAGGCUUCACCUGCCUGACAUGGGCUGGACUGCCCCAUGGGGAGACCUUCAGGAAGUGGGGUGGAUUUGGGGCAUCUGUACCUUGCCUUCCCUGAGAAGGGCCUCAGCAUCUACUGCCACCGACCACAGUGAACCUCAACUCUGUCCUUCUUAAAAGUAACUGGGAAUCUGGCCAGUGUCUGCAUAGCCCUGACAUGAAAAACAAACACAGAGCCAUGUACCCAAUCCAUUUCCCAAAGAAUCCUUAGUGUCUGGUCCAAAACUGAAUAAGGGGAGAAGGGAAGAAGGUCCGGAAUCGCCAGUUCUUCCAGUAGCCUUGCCCUGAAGUUCAAGGUAGAACACAUGGGACCCCAGACAUACCUUAAGCUGCCAUCAUCACUUCAUCAUCAUCAUUUUAAUUUCAUCUCCCUCAGGGCUUCCAGAUGGCUGCCCCCAAUUAUUCAUUCCUUACCAGCCUCUCUCAAACCCUCUUGGCUUUCUCUCUGUAGUGUGGACACCUGGCUAGGCCUCCCCACUCCAGGAGGGUCCAAUAACCUAGCUUAGAUUAGAACCUUCCCUGGAAACAUACGUUAUCAGAGCAGGCUUCUCCAUUUGAGAGAUGCUACUUAUGCCUCAUUUUUCUCGUGGACACAACCUCUCUCAGACGCGUGGGGGUUUCUCCCCAAACCAGCAUCCUUCUGGCCCGAGAGUUGUGUGUAAACAUGCCCUGGGGUCAGGCAUACCAUCGUCACUACACUUCAGGCCCAAACCUUCCCCCAGGGCAUAAAUGAUGACCUUCUCCUCUUCCCCAGACAUCAGACCCAAUACACAUGGACCCUAGCCUAGGCCUCCUGCCUGAACAGCCAGUUCUGGACCAGCUGCUGGCCUUAGAGAUGGAUCAUCUCGUUGAUAUUCACCAGCACAUUUGCUGAAGACCUUUUCAUUGGGAUAUAACCAGAUCAAUUCCCUGGCACCAGCUGAAAAGACUCAGUUUUAACUGUAAAAAAGGGCCAGUUGAUAUCAGGAGAAUGAGUGAAACAUAAUUCCAUUUUGAACGUUAAAAAAAAAACAAAACAGUUUACAACCAGUGAAAAGGUUAUAAAUUUGUAUUUUUGGAAGAACAAGAUUUUCAUUUUGGAUUAUUUCAUUCAAUCAUU